AUGAGAAGUCUAAUGCCAAAGGAAUCCGCAAGAAUAAUAGCAUCCCUUUCUAAGAAUGUUACAGUCGAAGAAAAAGGUGUCAAUGAUCUUGCUUUCGCGGUUUUGGAAGGUCUUAAGAAGAAUGUAAUAAGUGUGAACAAUUUCUCUCAAAUUCAGUUUCAUCCUUCUUCUAAACAUCCAAAAGCUGUUGAUUGGAUAUUUUUCUUAGAUACAUUGAAUUAUUCAUUUUGGAGUAAAAAGGAUUUUCCAAAGUGGACUGUUAAUGGUCAAACUGGAUAUUUUGCAUUGUGUGCUGCUGUUAAGAGAGCUAUAGAUGAGGGGAAAGAAAUAAUCGAUCCCAAGUAUUAUUCUCAAAUAACGGUAGCCGAGGUGGACGAAAUUUUUCGAGGCGAUAACGAAAUUCCUAUUCCGCUGUUAGACGAAAGAGUUAAAUCCUUACGAGACACUGGCAAGGUUUUGUUAGAAAAGUAUGACGGUACUUUCACCACGUGCAUCGAGAGAUGUUCACGCUCAGCAGAGCAAUUGCUCAAGCUUGUAGCGGACGAUUUCGAGUCGUACAGAGAUGAGGCUGUCUACGAGGUAGCUGGUGCACGACACGAAGUCAGCUUUUACAAGAGGGCUCAGAUACUGGUAGGCGAUAUUUGGGCCUGCUUCAAAGGAGAGGGAAUCGGUGCGUUCAAGGACAUAGAUUGCAUCACUAUGUUUGCUGACUAUCGCGUUCCUCAGGUGCUCGUAUACUUUGGUGCUAUGCGUUACAGCGACGAUCUUCUGAAGAGACUGCAGAGUGAUGUAGAAUUAGAAAACGGUAGCCAGGAUGAGAUUGAAAUUCGUGGUUGCUCUAUAGAAGCGGUGGAAAGGGUAAGCGACAAGGUGAAGGCUCUAAUUGAGAGUGACCCUGAUUUAAAGUUGAACGAAACUGAUAUUAACGCUAUAUUGAUCGAUCAUUUCCUAUGGGAUUAUCGACGGGAGCACGCUGAUGAGUUAGAGUUCAUACCGUUCCAUAAAACCAGGUGUAUAUAUUACUGA